UUCACUUGUAUAGUUACAUACAGUACAGUUGUCGUAUAGUUACAUAUAAUCACAUAGCAAACGAAUAUUUAUAAUAUUGUUAAAUUUUAUUAGAUACAAUGAUACCGUCACUGUUAAACCCGUUAAAUCAUAUAAACAGGCUUGGAUAUUCGCUAGAGGAAAGCGUUUGCCAAGUGGUGCCAAAAAAGAUCAGCAUUUUGCACAUGUGUGACACAGUGCAUGAUGGCAUACUGACAUAUACCUGUCCCUCAAUUUACGCGGUAUUUUUUUAUGCGGUAGAUUUUAUGUACGAUCUUAAUCUACGCGGUCAGAAAAUAUAUUUUCCUAGAAGAUUUAAAAGUAACAAAUGUAUAUAGUAACUUAUUCGGCGAUGUUGAAACGCGUUAAUACUGUAUGAGAUAAAAAUAAAAGUACAUUAAGUUAUGAUAGUCAUCAUAUGUCUACUUACAUAAGAAAACAUCGAUAAAGUAAUAUUGUAUUUAAACAUUCAGACAUUAGAAUCAGUCGACUUUAACAACAGUAUAUUAUUCAGUACACAGAAUGUUUAACGAACAUUCAAUAACACAAAGAAAGAGAAGAUCUAUGACUUUGGAAAUGAAAAUGAAAAUUUUGGAUCAACUUGAAGAAGGAGAAAAACCCACAGUGAUUGCUAAGGCAUACGGGAUAAAUGAAUCCACUGUUCGAACAAUCAAUAAAAGGAAGACAAAUAUUAGGAGUAGCAUAGCCUGUGGAACCUUGUCAAGUUCACAAUAUUCAUCGUAUACAAGAAAUCCUGUAAUAGAAAAUAUGGAGAGAGCACUGAUGAUUUGGAUGGUUGACAACAUGCAAAAAAAGAUACCCAUGAAUAAUUCAAUGAUAAGAGAAAAAGCUGUGCAUUUUUUUAACAGGAUAAAAGAACUAGCUACAUCAAUUGAUAAAGUGGACACUUUUACUGCAAGUAAAGGAUGGUUUCGAAACUUUAAAAGAAGACAUUCAUUACAGAAACAUAAUGUGUUACUAGUAGAUCGUAAAUUAACCGAUAUUGACUUUAUACAUAUCACAUCUGAAACCCAACCUAAUGAUAAAUGCAACAGUGACUAUAAAGAAACAGAUUCAAUCACUGCAGAAAAUCUUUGUAAAGCUCUUGAAUUAGCCAAAAAAUUGGAAAGUGUUAUUAUAUACAAUGAUCCGAACAUUCAAAGGGUUUCAAAAUUUCGACAAGAUUUAAUAAAAUGUUGUAGUGAAUAUCAGCAAAUUUAUAAAAACUUAGUAAAAGAAAAGGUUGAGAACAAGUCAUCCAAAAAAAUUAACAAUAACAAUGAGAAUGAUGUUGAUUUUCCAAAUAUUUCAAGUGAUGAAAGUGAUAUGUUUGUGCCAAUUAAAAAGAAAAAGUUGAAUUACAGUAGUGAUAGUGACAUUAAAUAAAAUUUACUUUCUGAAACGUCAUUAUUUUUUUUUUUUUUUUUUUUUAAGCUAUUUGAAAUAAAUAUGUAUUUCUAAAGUUUAUAUGUACUAGCUUUUAUUUCUAAUAUUUUUCUUUUGUACUGAUUUCAUUUAUGCGAUUUUUAUUCGUGUAACACAAAUUCUACGUGGAACGGAUACUCUAUGUAAAUUGGACAAGUGUAUCAUACAUAUGUGUGUCAACACAUGUGCAUAGAUAGGUACACAUCACCACAGACGAAAUAUAGAAUAGAUAUGACAUUCAAUGCUUUUUCGCGUCCCAUGUUUUGGGAGUUACCUAAUCUCCCGUAUCAUUUUCGUAUCGCAUGCAACGUUAUCGAUUCAGUACAGUAGUGGUUUUAAUUGGAACCAAUGGAACUAAAUUUUCCUAUAAAAUUACAAAGAAGGUAUAGGAUAGCCUAUGCAAAAGUCCGAACGUUGAUACUCAAUUGAUACUCUGCGUUUUAUAUGACAUGUGUGACCCGUAGUGAAGAUAUCACGGCCAUCCAUGACCACGAUUCACGGUAGAAAUGAAAAGGAAUGUGGUAAAAUGAACAUAGGAGAAAUUCAGCCAAAAAUACGCUCCACAAAUUACUGCCGAACUAUACGCACAUUUCUUUCUCCUGUAUAUGGUGAGAGAAACGUGUGUGUGCACUUCUGGUCAUGGACGAAAUAAAUAUUUUCACCUUCUGUUCUGCACGUCCUCUCUCGCAUCCUCUUCAAAUUCCUACGAUUUUAGACAUGGAGAAACCAUUUAGCAGUUAAAAAGGUUUAUUACUUGUUAAUAGCACUGAUUAGCCGAUAGAUGGAACUGUCGUGUAAUUUUUGCCUGUUCAUAGCCAGUUUACAUUAUAUGCAUUUGUAUCUUAUAACAAUCGCAUCGUGUAGGAGCAAAACAAGAGGAGUAACAGUCGUUGUAUUUCUAAAUCGAAUAAUCAUUUAGUUUAGUUUAUUGAGGAAUUAGAGUAAUUGAAACUUGUUACUGUACAUUUUAUAAAUAUAAAGAUAUUGUGUAUAUACAAUUUUAUUUAUUUCACAAUACAGUACUUAAUUCUUGAUAUAACAAUCCCCUCAAAAAGGAAAUCAUGUCUACAAACGUGUCACAUACAGAAAAAGAAUUAGAUUUAAGUAAUGCUGGAAGAGGCGUGUGGCUUGUAAAAGUACCUAAA